AAAAAAGUUACACGUUACGAUACAGAAAACCAAAUCUAACACGGGAUAUCUGAAAGGCGAACAUGAGCUUCAUAACCGAAGCCCUUAACACAGUCCCACACCGGACUGAGUCUUGCUUGCUUGCUUAUUCGGCAAAAACGUGCGGGGGGACAAACGUUUUCAAGGUUAAGCCCAAAGAAAACUGCUUUCUUCUGUUUAGUUCUCAGAUGCACAAGAUGGUGACUCCUCCUACCACACUGACUCCUCCCACCACUGGAAAUAACAGUAAUUUCAACCAAUUCGUUGACUCAGAGUUUCGCUACACUCUGUUUCCUAUAUUCUACAGCCUGGUCUUUAUCUUUGGGUUGCUGGCCAACUGCUACGCUCUUUAUGUGCUGCACCGUAUGCGAGAGUCAAAAGCCAUGAAUGAGAUUCGAAUCUACAUGACCAACUUGACCGUUGCAGACCUGCUGUUUGUGGUCGCUCUACCGUUCUGGAUUGACUACUUCAAGAAUCACGGUAACUGGAAGAACUCAGAUGCCCUCUGUCGUAUCACAGGCUCGUUGUUCUUCAUCAACACAUACUGCUCCAUUCUCUUCCUUACUGUCAUCAGCAUUAACCGUUACUGGGCCGUUACCAGGCCGCUGGUGGCCGCUUCUUCUGACUGCUGGAGACGUGGAGCAAUCGUCUCAGCGUUCAUCUGGGUCGUUACUCUUGCAGCAUCAGUUAAAUCCCUCACUGAUGAUGGAAUCCCGAAGAAUAAGGAGAAUAACAACAUUUCUCGCUGUUUUGAGGGUUAUCAAAAUGAGCAUUACUCUACGAAAUAUACAAUGGCCGUCACGCACUUCAUCAUUAUUAGCUUAUUCUUUCUUGUUUUCUUGAUGGUGAUUAUCUGCAACAUCUCGAUCGCUCGAGCUCUUCUGUCGCAACCCAUCAGUCAGCCUCAAAGCAGCACAGGAAAACGUCCCGGUGGUACCAAGCGCAGAGCUUUGAGGAUGCUGUGUGCUGUCAUAGGCGUCUUUGUGAUCUGUUUCCUGCCCCACCACGUGGUGCAGGGUCCCUGGGUGUUGUCGGUGCUGUACCUGAGGAAAGAUUGGAGUAAAGAAACACGGCAAAGCUUAAACGAUGCUCACCAGAUCACCCUCAUGCUUAUGGGGUUCAACUGCCUUCUGGACCCGCUGGUGUAUUGCUUCGCCACCACAAAGUUCCGCAAGUACAUCCAGAAUCAUUUCACAAAGGUCAAGAAUAACAAACGCUGCUCACGCAACACAUUAAGCACGGCUGUGUCACUGAAGAGCAGACAUCAGAGUGAAUUAUGAACAUUGAAGAAGAGCAAAAAAAAACAAAAACAAAAACCAGCUGAGAAAUAUUUGGUGUCUGCUUAUUCUAAAUAGAAUCCUAUUCAGACAGUUUCAGAUUUUAGCGGAAUUUAAUUUAAAUUCCAAAUUAGGUUCUCUUUGGAUUCUUAAAGGGAUAGU